AUGAGCGACAAACUCAAAAGGUCGACUGCCAAGUUGGACAGCAUGGUCCUCGAGAAGAUGGACGAGAAGGUCAUGACAUCGUUGACACAGAGCAAUGUUAUGCUUGCCGGAGCAAGGAAGAGAAAGAGUGCUCAGAAACCAUACCCGGAGGACCCGCCAAGCCAACUCGGCAACCUCGGCAUUGCUCGUCGCAGACCACGACGUGAUUCAGUCUGUUGUCUAUCUACAUUUACCUUACCUCUAAUUGCGUCGAACGACUCCACCGCUACUGUUUCCGCUAUUGCCGCUACCGUCUUCGCCAUCGCUGCCGCUGUCCUCGCCGCUCUAGCUCUACCGCUACUACCGCGCUGGCAUGCCUUACGCCAUGAUGGAAGAGGCAGCAAAUCAAGAGUUGGACUGAAUAAGGAGGUAUAG